GUUUGGAUGACUUUGGUUACCAACGAAAACUAUUUACCUGGCUUACUAAAUUUGAACUAUUCUUUGCAAAGAGUUAAGUCAAAAUAUCACUUGAUUAUCUUAUUAACUCCAAAUCUUUUUGAGAGCAAAAAAACUGAUAUUAGACAAAAAUUAAUCGAUAAUUUAAUUGAUUUAAAUAAAAUCAUAAUCAUUGAUCAUUUAAAACCAAAAUACGAGAAAUCAUUUGAUGAACAUGACUCAAGAUUUAAUGAUUGUUGGACAAAAUUAAAGAUCUUCAAACUAAUUCAAUUCAAUAAGAUUAUUUUCUUGGAUUCGGAUAUGCUAGUCUUGAAAAAUAUGGAUGAAUUAUUUGAUGACAAUUUAAUCAACAUUGAUAAUAAAAAAUUAGUCUUUUCUUCUACACAUGCUUGUGCUUGUAAUCCAUUGAAAUUGUCUCAUUAUCCCGAUGAUUGGAUUCCUAAAAGCUGUGCUUAUACACAUUAUUAUGAAAAUUUUCCAAAAUUAUCUAAUGAUAAUGACAAUGAUAAUGACAAUAAUAAUAACAAAAUUAAAGAUUUAAAUGAAGUGUUAGGUCCUGUUUGUAAUUCAGGCGUUAAAAUGUGUAAUGGCGGUUUAUUAAUUAUAAAACCUUCAUUACAAAUCUAUCAAAUGAUUUUAGAUACUCUUAAUGAUUAUGAAAUGACUAAAAAUUAUGAUUUUCCUGAUCAAAGUUUAUUAUCCGAUAUAUUUCAAGGCAAAUGGUUACCUUUAUCUUAUAAGUAUAACGCAUUAAAGACUUUAAAAUUAGUUCAUCCAGAUAUUUGGAAUUGGUCUCAAGUUAAGAAUGUUCAUUAUAUUAUGAAUCCCAAACCUUGGAAUAUUAACGAAAGUGAAUUAAAU